GUUGGCACGGUACAACUUGAGUCUUGACUCCAGCCUGACGCACCCGUCCGACUGGAUUCAAGAAAACGAGUGUUCAACAUAGUACGCGCCGUACAAGCGAGCUGCAACUACCCGACGACAACACGCUUUAUUUGCACGAUCCCGCCUCUCUCACCGCGACGUGGACCUUUUCUACCCAGCUGAAGUUGCGGUUUCCGAUCGGCUCCUUGCCCGCCUGCGUUUGCUCCCACCGCUCGUGUAUUGUCGAUUCAGCGCACGUUUUUAAGACACGAUGGAAGACUACAGUUAUCUUGUCAAGAUGGCGGAGCCUGGUGAUGAUAAUUACUGGGCCCCCAAAGAUGUGAGCCCAUCUGUAACUUGCAUAUCCAUCCUCACUAGCUGACAUGUUCAGAUUGUUUACACUUCGAUUGUCGGGUUGGUGAUGUUGGCAGCCAUCCUCGAAUGGUUCCUAUGGAUUGCUGCAUUCCUGUACUGCCUGUGGAAGGUCUUCGUCAAGGCCGAGCAUUGGUCUAUUCGAGUAUUGGCAGUUAUUGUUGGUAUCUUAUUCACUUGUUUCAGAGCAAUUUUCCUCCCGAUCAUGAUCGUCACUCUGCCAUUGCCCAGUGCUGUCGUAAAGUACUGGCCAACAAACAUGGUCGAUGUGCUUCAGUGGUUCGCUUUCUGGAGUUUUGCUGGCCUUCUGACCAUUCCAUGGCUGUUCUGCGUCUAUCAGCUUGUUACCAACCAGCUUGGACGAACGAAGAGAAUCAAGCAGGUACUGGACGAAGUCUCGGCACCAAAAGUCGUCAUCGUCAUGCCCGUCUACAAGGAGGACCCAGAUGUUCUCGUUGUUGCCAUCAACUCUGUCGUCGACUGCGACUACCCGCCCUCUUGCAUUCACGUCUUCCUCUCGUUCGACGGUGAUCAAGAAGAUGAACUUUACCUGAACACUCUCGAGAAGCUGGGUGUCCCGCUGACCUUGGAGACAUACCCUAAGAGUAUCGAUGUUUCAUACAAAUCCGCUCGUAUCACCGUCUCCCGAUUUCCCCAUGGCGGCAAGCGCCAUUGUCAGAAGGCCACCUUCAAGCUCAUCGACAAGGUUUACGAGCACUACCUCAAGAGAAACGACAACCUCUUCAUCCUUUUCAUCGAUUCCGAUUGUAUUCUGGACCCUACCUGCCUUCAAAAUUUCGUCUUCGAUAUGGAAAUGAGCCCUGGUAACCCCAGAGACAUGUUGGCCAUGACCGGUGUUAUCACGUCUACGACUAAGAAGCAUAGCUUGAUCACACUGCUCCAAGAUAUGGAGUAUAUUCAUGGCCAACUUUUCGAGCGAACUGUCGAGUCCGGGUGCGGCGCCGUCACUUGUCUUCCCGGUGCUUUGACGAUGCUUCGAUUCUCUGCCUUCCGCCGAAUGGCCAAGUACUACUUUGCCGAUAAAGCAGAGCAGUGCGAGGAUCUUUUCGACUUCGCCAAGUGUCAUCUUGGCGAGGACCGCUGGCUGACGCAUUUGUUCAUGAUCGGAGCCAAGAAGCGGUACCAGAUCCAGAUGUGUACCUCCGCCUUCUGCAAGACCGAGGCUGUCCAGACCUACAGAUCCCUGAUCAAGCAGCGUAGACGUUGGUUCCUGGGUUUCCUCUCCAACGAAGUCUGCAUGCUUACUGAUUGGCGUCUCUGGAAGCGCUACCCUAUCCUGGUUCUCGUUCGAUUUAUGCAAAACACCAUCAGAACCACGGCUCUUUUGUUCUUCAUUAUGGUCCUCGCUAUCAUCACCACUUCCAAGAAAGUUGACAACUUGCCCGUCGGCUUCAUUGCAAUUUCUCUCGGACUCAAUUGGCUCAUGAUGCUGUACUUUGGUGCCAAGCUCCGUCGUUUCAAGAUCUGGCUGUACCCGAUCAUGUUCAUCUUGAACCCCUUCUUCAAUUGGUUCUACAUGGUUUACGGUAUCUUCACAGCUGGUCAGAGAACAUGGGGAGGCCCGAGAGCUGAUGCCGCGACUGCCGACACCGAGACUACUGCUCAAGAGGCCAUCGAACAAGCCAAGGAAGGUGGAGACGAGCUCAACAUCGUGCCUGAAACGUUCAUUCCUGCCGCCGAGGCCCGAAAGGAGAGCAUCGCUGGCGGCAAGGGUAACAUGGGCCCUAUGGGUCGCAAGCACAGCGUCGUCCAGCCGCCAUCGCAAAUUGAGGGACGCUUCGCUGCCAGAAAGAAGUCUGCUGCUGGAUUCUACGUCAACGCUGACGACUCCCAAGUCACCGUCAACCGAUCCGGUCCCAGUGGUUUCGGUCCGGCAUGGGCUUUGCAGUCACGCGACUCAUUCGAUAGUAUGGUGUCGUCGCAGACCGCUGGCAACUCGGUCUACAUGCCCCGUCGUGUAGAGAGUAUCAUGGGUGAAGAGGAUCGCAAGAAGUAUGAGCUUGCUCAGCAAAGCCAGUUCAACCAGUUUUUGUCCAACUCUAAGCGAUUUGGGGCUCAGACUACAACAACUGGUCAGGUUUACGAAUAUUCCGAUGCUGAGAUGAAGCGGGGAGGAUUCCAAGACGUCCCGGAUCCGAUGGAUAGAGGCCAGGAGUAUACCGACAAUGUCCGGAUGGGCUCUGUCGACAACAGCUUUUCUGGACGGCCGCAGUCUGGAGAAGGUCUGCCACGGCAAGGAAUGAACGCAACACAUUCGGCCAGAGGCGGGCGCAGCCCUCUUGCAAGAGCUAGCUUGGUCCGCACGAUCCCUCUGGAAGAUGUUCAAUCUGAGGGUGAAAGCUCAAGCGGAGGCCAUGACAGCCGCGAUGACUCGCCCAAGAGAAAACUGUAGAGGAGCGUUGGGGGCGAGGCAACGACGGUGUGCGAUAGAAUGGAUAAAUUUGCAUAUCUUGGCGUUGAAAGGGCUUUCAAACAUAAAGCAGGAGAACUUCA